CUGCUUGUUCGUUGUCCUCGCCUCUUUCUCCUCUCUCUCUCUCUCUCUCUCUCUCGAUGGAUCCCGUUAACGCAUGGGGAAACAAACCGCUCCAAACUGUGGAUCCAGAAAUCCAUGACCUUAUAGAGAAGGAGAAGCGCCGGCAAUGCCGCGGCAUCGAACUAAUUGCGUCGGAGAACUUCACCUCCUUCGCCGUCAUCGAGGCCCUCGGCAGCGCCUUGACCAACAAGUACUCCGAGGGCAUGCCUGGGAACAGGUACUACGGUGGGAACGAGUUCAUUGACGAGAUCGAGAAUCUAUGCAUGUCACGUGCCCUCCAGGCCUUCCACCUCGACCCCACUGGCUGGGGCGUCAAUGUCCAGCCCUACUCCGGUUCCCCUGCUAACUUCGCUGCCUACACAGCCGUUCUCCAACCCCAUGACCGCAUCAUGGGUUUGGAUCUUCCCUCUGGCGGUCACCUCACCCACGGCUACUACACCUCCGGAGGGAAGAAGAUCUCUGCCACCUCGAUUUACUUCGAGAGUCUUCCCUAUAAGGUGAAUUCCACCACUGGGUAUAUUGACUACGAUAAAUUGGAGGAGAAAGCCCUGGAUUUCAGGCCCAGGCUGAUCAUUUGCGGUGGGAGUGCAUAUCCCAGGGACUGGGAUUACGCCAGGUUCCGCUCUGUUGCCGAUAAGUGCGGCGCGCUCUUGCUUUGUGACAUGGCUCACAUUAGUGGCCUUGUUGCUGCUCAGGAAGCUGCGAAUCCCUUUGAAUACUGUGACAUAGUCACGACCACAACUCACAAGAGCUUGAGGGGUCCUAGGGCUGGUAUGAUCUUCUACAGGAAGGGGCCUAAACCAGCCAAGAAGGGCCAGCCAGAGGAUGCAGUUUACGAUUUUGAAGACAAGAUCAACUUUGCUGUUUUCCCCUCCCUUCAGGGUGGUCCUCACAAUCACCAGAUUGGUGCCCUAGCUGUUGCUCUGAAACAGGCCAUGUCACCCGGGUACAAGGCCUAUGCCAAACAAGUCAAGGCCAAUGCAGUCGCCCUUGGAAACUACCUGAUGAGCAAGGGAUACAAGCUUGUCACUGGUGGAACUGAGAACCACCUUGUCCUGUGGGAUCUUCGGCCUCUUGGGUUGACUGGCAAUAAGGUUGAGAAGCUUUGUGACCUGUGCAAUAUUACUGUGAACAAGAAUGCCGUGUUUGGUGACAGUAGUGCCUUGUCUCCUGGAGGAGUACGGAUUGGUACCCCGGCCAUGACUUCAAGAGGGUUGGUUGAGAAGGACUUUGAACAGAUAGGAGAGUUCCUUCAUCGCGCCGUGACAAUCACCUUGAACAUCCAAAAGGAAUUUGGAAAGCUAUUGAAGGACUUCAACAAGGGCCUGGUGAACAACAAGGACAUUGAGAAUCUCAAGGUCGAUGUUGAGAAGUUCUCAUCCUCUUUUGACAUGCCCGGAUUCCUGGUGUCUGAGAUGAAGUACAAGGAUUAGGUCUAGUGCUUGAUUCAUUCCUAUUAUAUUUGGUCCAUUGAAGAAGAAAAGAAAAGUUUGGUUUGGCUAGGUUAGUUGCUGUAUUAUCCCACUAUAUAUAUAUAUAUAUAUAUAUAUAUAUAUAUUAAUGUGUUUGUUGGUCUAUGUUAUGAGAGUAUAAAUCA